UGCGCUGCUCCUCCUCGCUGCAGCUCGUUCUGCAUCCUCCCUUCUUGCGCUGUGGAGGACUCCUGACUUUGAGGACGGACUGAUGGAUCACACCGGACAACAGCAAAACACCUUGAUAACCCUUUUUGCACAUAAGGUUUGAGGAAUAAAACCAGAUAAGUAGACGUUGCCUUCAGUGGUUGAAUGGUGCGUUCACUGACUCGACGCGGUUGGAAUGAAAAGACGCGCAAAGAAAAAGUUUCUACUGAGAAGACUAACAGACGUUAAAAGAGAGCGAUGUUUUACGUGUGACCAAUGUGCUUAGAAUUUCUACUACGAUCAAAUAACGUUCCUUUUUUUGGAUAAUGCACGUUUUUGUCCUCCUCAGGAUGCUCUGGUUAUUUUCCCCCAGCAUGGGCUUGCUGGCUUGUUUCCACCUGAGCUGUAUAUUGGCCUUUACUGUGGAAACUAGAAACCUGACGUAUGACGAGUCCUACUACGAGUACGUCCCCGAUCGCCUGCAGUGGAAGAACGCUGGGGAACUGUGCAACCAGCGCUCUGAAGCCUUAGCAAUGGUCUCCAACGCGGAAGAGAAGCGAGAGCUAACCAACUUCUUAAAGUCCUUGAACAUCUCUCAGCCUGUGUGGAUCGUCUGGAAAGUCAUGAGAAGUAGGUUCGCUGUGCUAGUCUCGACAAUUUAUACGAAUUUAUGAGCACCAUUUCUUUUAAAAUAGCAGGAGCGUGGUUCUUCUUGUCCCAGACACCUGGAAUAAAUGUUUCCCACGUGUCUACAUUAGGAAUAGGACCACAGUGUUGAACUACAUCUGUUGCAGGUUCUUUCCUUCAUAGCAAUGCCUCUUUCUUCUUUCUCUGUGGGGCGUGAAACCGGAGGUUACCCAAAGACGCUGAUUAUGGAGUUCGCCGGACGCACGGACCGGAAGCACGCCCGCCUCCGGCACACGUUCUCCUCCAUGGAUGCCGUGACCGUUUGCACCCGUGUUCGCUUUGAUCCAGACUGCUUUGGAAUAUCCACCAUCUUCUCCUAUUCCAUCAAGUCCAACAUCAAUGAGUUCCAGCUCCGGGGGCACUUGGUCAAGGGAAAACCGGUGCAGCUGGCUCUACUGGUCCACGGCGCUUACGGACCCUACCAAGACGCCUUCCACCACGACGGCUCCUGGCAUUCUGUGUGCGUUUCUUGGAACCAGAGCGGUGGACGCUGGGCGUUAUUUACCCACGGCCAGUUUGUUUCUGAGGGCGAAGGCCUAAGUUCUGGCAGCAUUGGCCCCGACGGCCUUUUCAUUAUUGGACAGGAGCAGGACACUUUUGGGGGUUCAUUUAAGAAGGAUGAGUCAUUCUCAGGGAGUAUCACCGAGCUGUACAUAUGGGAUCGGGUGCUGAACGCCAGUGAAAUGAAAUCCAUGGAAAAGGAGUGUUCACCCAUUUCUUCUGGGCUGGUGUUCAAAUGGAACGCAUCGGCCAUGGAAAUAGAGACCACUCUCACGAAGCUGUGGAAAGACAUCCCGUGUCGAGGGAACGUCACUGUCUUCGAAAAGUCCUUCUCGGAUUUGCUCCUGGAUGGAAAUGCUUUGCAGAAUCAAACAUUCUCCUUUGAGUUGUUCCACGGCCGUUUGUCUCAUGAGAAUUGUGACGUCUUCGACCCCGUUGUAGGGAGCUUGGGCCAAGCCAAGUGCGACUCGUUAAUGGGGGCCGUCUGCCAGUUUAAGAAAGAAGUGCUCCAUGUUCUGGGUUUACCAAAGACACCAUUCUUCAGGAGAAUGAGUGAGGAGCAUCUCACCAAAGCUGUGAGGGUCGAGCUGAGCGCCAACGGGUCCCUGGACGGUGAUUUGGCCUCGUUGCAGCAGCUGACCCAGUCGCUCCUGCGCGGCUUGGAGGCCGGCGGCCCUCCGCUCCUCACCUCCAGCGACGUCCUCUACUUCGCCCGCAGGAUCGAGACGGACUUGUCCGCGCAGGCCGCCGGUCCUCGCCCGGCUGGAGCCGACGCGGCAGGAGUCAUGCUGUCUAUUGCUACCAACUACCUGAAGGCGGCGAGUUUGAUGCUGGAGCCUGGCGUGGCUUCGCCGUGGGUGGGCGCGACAGAGGACGGGGUCAACGUGGGACCAUUUACUAUUGUCCGUAGUAUUGACAAACUCACCGAGACCCUCGCUGACGUGCUGUCUGUUGAGAGGAAAGGCUUCACUCUUUCUACCAAGAACAUCGAUGUGUAUAUGAAGUGGCAGAAGCUGACAGAAGGGACCUGCAGUCAAGUGUUCAAGCCUUCUGCAGUCGGCUCGCACUCCGCCGGCAGCACCGGUCAGGACGAGUUGCUCAUCCCUGACACGGCGCUGCAGAGGAUACGCACUCUGGGACACGAGGACGUGAUGUUUAUUCACACCCACUACAGCCACCUGAGUGAGAUUUUGUCGGGAGCGCAGGAGCCUCCACUGAGUCACCAAGAGAAAGGAAGAAGGAGUCUCGCUUCUGCCGUCAUAUCAGCCACCAUCCGCGAUGCCUCCAAGGCCCAAACUAUCCCCGUAGCCAUCAAAUACACCCUUUCCUCAUCACAGGUGCAGUAUUCACAGCGAGUUACUCCUGUUUGUGCCUUUUGGAACUUCAGCUUGAUGCACAAUCAAAGCAGCAGCUGGUCAAGUGAUGGCUGCAGGCUGACCUUUGCAGGCUCAGGCGUCACCUCCUGCCUCUGUAACCACACCACCAACUUUGCAGUGCUGAUGAAUUACCUGGAGUCGAAGUGGAGUCCCGAGGAAGAGCUUAUUUUGAGCAAGCUGACGUUCAUCGGCUCCGGUGCGUCCCUGUGUGCUCUGGUGGUGACCUUGAUGCUGUUCACUGUGCUGGAUAUCCCCAAAUCUGACAGAACGUCGAUCCAUAAGAACCUUUUCAUUGCUCUGAUCUGCGCCCAGGUGAUUCUGCUCUGCAGUGGCUCAGCCAUUCACAACAAGGUGGCUUGUACACUGGUGGCGGCGCUGCUCCAUCUCUUCUUCAUGGCAGCGUUUAGCUGGAUGCUGGUGGAGGGUCUGCUGCUCUGGAGCAAGGUGGUGGCAGUCAACCUAAGCGAAGAUCGCCACAUGAAGUAUUACUAUCUCAUCGGCUGGGGUCUGCCAGUGCUGAUAGUCACCAUCACGUUGGCAUCAGCCUCCGGCAAAUACUCAGCCGACAACUACUGUUGGCUCAGUGUCCAAAACGGCGUCAUCUGGGGCUUUACCGGGCCUGUCAUCUUCAUCAUCAUGGUGAACGUCAUGGUACUGAGCAGGGUGGUGAUCAUCACCAUGUCCACGGCCAGGAGAAGGUCCAUCAUGUUGGCAAUGGGCACCAGUCCCGUGGAUCAAGCCUAUGAGCGAAUCAGGGCAGCAGUGAAAGCAGUGCUGGUGUUGUUGCCCAUCCUGGGAUUGACAUGGCUGUGUGGUGUCUUGGUGCCUUUCUCUAUAGUCAUGGCAUACAUCUUCAUCCUCCUCAACUCCAUGCAGGGCCUGUUCAUCUUCCUGAUAUAUGGGGUGUACAACACAGAGGUUCGGAGCACGGUCAACAGGAUCAAGGAGAGAAGAAAAGCGCUGAAUUUUUCAAACUGCGCCAGCUCCCGACCAUCCAGCUCAGCUACCAGCUCUCGUCCGGUCAGUUUCCCACUAGGAACUACGCCGAGCCAGGAGGAGGAGGCCUCCCCAACCAACACGCGCAGGAACAGCCCCGACCUGGCAGGGCAGGAAGAGACGACCGGAGGAGCCUCCUCCCUCGGAGGCGGCCGCCUUGCCGCCUGGUUGUAGUCUUCAUGUUCCCAUGGAGCUGGAGUUCACAGCUUCCUGUUUCCCUCGCGGCCCGGCGCCUCAGCAAAGCUGAGGCCUCGUCCACGUUGGCUCACCUGGAUGGUGAUUGUGAGCUUAGCUUCAUAUUGUGACUUUUCUUUUUUGUAUCACAAUAAGUGAAAUGUUUUAGUUGAGUUACAGCUACAUUUUCUUUUACAGUUGUUUAACUGUGAUCACUGUGGAGAUGUUGUGUUGCAUACCUUACUUUCAGAUAUCUAAUAAGGGACACUUUUGCCUUUUUUUUAAGUUACAGUACCGGAAAGUAAAAACUAAAUUACUCAACCAUGGUUUUAAUCUCGUUUUUCUAAGGUUUUAUUACAAAUUCAUUACUUUUUUUUGUUGUUGUUGUUGUUGUUUUACGGUAUUUGCAAGUUUUUCAUUGAUCCACUUUCUGUACAUUUGCUGUGAAAGCAUUACUGUAAAUUGUCCAUUCCAAUGUGCGACCCAUUGGAGCCAUCACUUUCCUGCUCUGGAUGCCCGUCUCCCUACUCUCAAACUAUCAAAUAAAGGCCCGAAUGGGAUAAAGCAGAACAA